GGCCGGGUCCUUCUUUAGGGCGGUCGCGCAGGCAGCGGCUGCAGGAAGCCGGGCUCCGGGCGUCAUGUACUACAAGUUUAGUGGCUUCACGCAAAAGUUGACGGGAGCAUGGGCUUCGGACGCCUAUUUCCCGCAGGGAUUAAAGCCUGUGGUUUCCACAGAAGCACCACCUAUCAUAUUUGCUACCCCAACUAAAUUGACCUCCAAUUCUCCCGCAUAUGAUUAUGCUGGGAAAAACAAAGUUCCAGAGUUGCAGAAGUUUUUCCAGAAAUCUGAUGGCGUGCCCAUCCACCUGAAACGAGGCCUGCCUGACCAAAUGCUUUACCGGACCACCAUGGCGCUGACUGUGGGAGGGACCAUCUACUGCCUGAUCGCUCUCUACAUGGCUUCACAGCCCAAAAACAAAUGACUUAGACUGCAGAGGACUGGUUGGCUUUUUGGCAUUAAACCCUUUGAGUUUUCACUUUUUGUUGUUUCUGUUAUAUCUUUUUUUUUUUUUUUUUUUUUUUUUUUUUUUAAAUUUCAGUGGAUGGUCGUCUUAACAUUUUCCAGAAAAGAAUGAAGAGAAUGUUUUGGUUUGUUCAUGCAUACAUAUGGCUUGCCAGAUGACAGAGCUUAUCUGACAGUUAAAUCUAUUGUUUAAAGAAAUGAUGCUGUGUUCUGUAUUUGGGUUUCUGAUUUCCCUGGAGGUUUUAGAUGAAGGUUGCACACAGGCUGAUUAACAGCAGCCUGUGCUGAGUCUCCAGAGACUUGGAGUUAACAUUUUUGAGCAUGGGAUGCAGAAGCCUUUCUGGAUUUGGAUGUGACUGAGGAAGGAAGACAAGCCAAGGCCAGGCACAUGUACUGAAGGGUUUGAGUUAGGCACUUUGGGGAUUUUUCCCUCUUGCAGCAAAAUGUAAUAGAAAUUGUGUGCAGCCUGCCUCUGUUCAUUGGUCACUUUGUUUCAAAGGGUUAUUUGCCUCAUCUUGGCUUUUUAGUGAAUUUUUAUGUGUCAUUGUUGUGUAUUUAUUCCACCCUGGGAACAGAGAACACCUGCUUAGUAUUGCCCUUUAGAGUGGUGUCUGUUUUGUUAAUGCAGCUGUGCCACAAAUUCUCUUUUGUCGUUUAAAAAUGUUAUGGCUUUAAAUUAUAAUUUAUUUUGACUGUGGAAUAAAUACAUGAACGAAAAAUUUCAA